AUCUUCGAGUACAACAAUGAACUUCAUUAUUGUUGUUGCUUGCAAAGAUGAACACAAAGACAAUUUGUGCUUCUCAUAAUAAUUCACUACUUCACUAUUGUUGUAAGAUUCUACUUGCUAUUGUGCUUUUUGGCUUGCAGAUAUUAUCUCACACUGAAGCAUCUUCCUCAAAGUCAAAGGUUGAAGUGCUUGCUGGCUUUCAAGGUCCUCUUCCUUUUGAACUUGAAACAGGAUAUGUGGGGUUGGGAGAAACAGAUGAUGACAUGCAAGUGUUCUACUAUUUUAUCAAGUCAGAGAACAAUCCUCAGAAUGAUCCUCUUAUAUUAUGGUUAACUGGUGGUCCUGGUUGCUCUUCUUUAUCUGGCCUUGUCUAUCAAAUAGGUCCAAUUGCAUUUGAAAUCAAGGAGUACGACGGGAGCGUGCCUAGUUUGGUCUUGAGGCCACAAUCCUGGACUAAGGCAUCCAACAUUAUUUUUGUAGAUUUGCCACUUGGAACUGGUUUCUCAUAUGCAAAAAAUGUAACUGCUCACCGAAGCGACUGGAAAUUAGUUCACCAUACUCAUCAAUUUCUUAGGAAGUGGUUGAUUGAUCACCCUGAAUUUCUUUCAAAUAAAUUCUACAUUGGAGCUGAUUCAUACUCUGGCAUUCCUAUCCCCGCUGUUGUUCAAGAGAUUUCAAAUGGAAAUGAAAAAGGUCUCCAACCAUUGAUAAAUCUCCAGGGAUAUUUGCUGGGGAACCCCAUGACAACACGAAAUGAAAAAAAUGAUCAAAUCCCAUAUGCUCACGGAAUGGGACUCAUCUCUGAUGAACUCUAUGCGUGCCUUUCAGGAAUUAAUAAAUUCAACAUUUUGGAUCGCUUAUGUGAAGAUGAUGAGCAUCUAUGGAGAAGAUAUUUAACUCAAGACAUGAAGACAUUUAGUUCUCAUCUCAAAGUGCCUGAAUUAAACUGCCAAAUUUAUGGUUUUUACCUUGCCACUAAAUGGGCUAAUGACGAGCGUGUUCGUAAGUCAUUGCAUAUUCGAGAGGGAACCAUUGGGAAAUGGCAACGCUGUUACACUAGUGAUUUUGAGGAAAAUAUUUCGGAUAGUUUUGAGUUUCAUGCAAACCUAAGCAAAAAAGGAUACCGCUCUUUGAUAUACAGUGGAGAUCAUGAUGUUGUUGUACCUUUCAUGUCUACUCAAGCAUGGAUAAGGGCUCUAAACUAUUCUAUCGUGGAUGAUUGGAGACCAUGGUUUGUAAAUGGUCAAGUGGGAGGAUACACAAGGACUUACUCGAAUCAAAUGACGUUCGCAACUGUGAAGGGUUCAGGACAUACAGCUCCUGAGUACACUCCUGAGCAAUGUUUUGCUAUGUUCACUAGGUGGAUAUCUUAUUUGCCUUUGUAAAUCAACAGUUAAAAUGUCUUCAAUCUGGUUAUCAAUGAGAUGUUCAUUUUCCAACAAUGCUCUUUUUAAAUUAUCAGUAUUUUAAAAUUGUGUACUAUGUUGUCUUUAAUUAUAAUCACGUUUGACAAGAAAAAAAAUUGUCUCUAAA